ACUCAAAAAACACAUUCUCAUGCUCGUAUAAGUAUUUCGUAAUAAAACGUAAAUGUGUAGCUUAUAAUUCGGUUGGAUGAGCAUAUGUUUUGACAGAAUUGAAAGCAAAACCGAAGUGCUAGCAUCGAAAGGAACAUAUUACUUGUAACAAACCGCAAAAUGACCGACAAAUGCCACAAACAUUCCCAUCAUUCUCAUCAUAAGUCAGGUGAUAGAUUAGAAAUGGCUCACUCCCACAACACCUGGAAAGCUGAUGACUAUGAGCAGAAACUGAAAGUGAUGAACUACAAUGGUCAUAAACUGGCGGUCAAUCAUUUUGUCGAAUUUGGUGUCCCUAAGGAUGCGAAAAUUCUAGAUCUGGCUGCGGGAACGGGUUUAGUUGGUUUCGAGCUAAGUGAAAACGGUUACACUAACAUUGAUGCACUCGAUGGAAGUGAUGAAAUGCUAGUUGUUGCUAAGGAAAGGAAUUGCUAUCAGAACGUAAUGACUCAUCUAAUUCAAAAAUCUACAAAACUUCCCAUCGCCGACCACACCUAUGAUCAUAUCGUCAUGUCUGGUGCGUUAUGUCACAUCGAUUUCGAGAAUCUUCCGGCGAUAAUCAAAACUUGUAAACCAGGUGGCAUCAUUUGCUGGGCCAUAGGGCAGUCUGAGGAUCUAGUACGCAUUGAGCCGAAGUUUAAGGACGGACAUUUUGAGCAGUACAUUGAAAGUCUUUGUGCGGAAAAACUGUGGGAAUUUGUUGCCGGUUUUCCGAAACGGGUUAACAAUUAUGCAAUGGAAAGAGAUGGAUGGGUUUAUGCCAUGAAAGUAUUGUAACUGUUAUACUAAUGUGAAAUAAAUAUUUUGAAUAAAACAUGUCACCGAA